AUGGCUUCACUCCCGAACUGGGUCAGUAACCCGAGCGAGACUCAUGGCCCUCUCAUGAGUGCUGGAGCCUGGUCGAUGCUAGGAACAUCUGCCGCCUUUUUGUUUGUUCGGCUCUAUAUUCGCCAAAGUCAAGGCAAGCUAUGGCUUGACGAUCUUGCACUUGGUAUUAGCUGGGUACUCCUUCUAGUUCAAGCCAUCAUAAAUCAGCUCACAAUAAAUCUGGGGUUCGGCAAGCAUGCGCUAGAUGUAAUUCCUUGGGUGCAAUGCAAACCUCUUGCGAAGACGUUUGCAGACAUUCUCCCAGGGAAAUGCAUCGACAAGCACCCUUCCGUAGUAUACGGGCGGUUUCAAGCUGAUGCAACUUGCGGAAAAGAUAGGAGUUUGUGUGGCUAUGAGUUUGGGAAUACUAUAGACGAUGCGUACAACACGGUACUUUGGUCGUUCGCAGAAACAGCUAUGACUAUUGUCGCCACUUCGAUUCCAGUGCUCCGUGUUUUCCUGAAGCAAGCAGUCACCUCUGUGAUUGAGAGCUAUAACAACUCGUCAGGUCGCAGCGGAAAUUCGCGAAUCAACCCAGAAAAUACCGCAAGCACAUUUGCCGACGUCAGCAAGCGGCGGAUGAGUAAGAGACGAACGGACACAAAUUUGACAGGGUUUACGAAUAUCAGCAAAGAGUCUCUGGUGGAGACCGACCGAAGCACGUCGAAAGGCUACUUGGAACUGGAUGAUUUGACGGCCAGUGAAAGUAUCAGGCGCGUCCCAACCGCAACUCCAGAGUCAAUGAACCCGACAGAGCAACAUGUUUCUCAAUGGCCCCUCGGACGUGAGACCGGGGCAGUGUAG